CAUGGCGGCGUGAUGACCAAGCUAAGCUGUAUGGCUUUUGGGGUCAGCAUCUGCAUAGUUCGUUCGGUGACACGAGAAUAUGAAAGCUAUGGCGCACCAACAAAUUCACCACCUAGUUAUCUUGUUCUCAAUUGUGCCGUAGAAACAAGGACAAGAUCCCAUGUUUCUGAAAAUACCAGGAUUCGAGUUCCGUAAGUAAAAAUGGGAAAAAGGCAAUCUUUACGCAACAAAGCAACCAACUUUGUUUCUGUCCUUCUCAACCCCAUCUCGGACUCCGACGCUCCCAAACCCUCCAAGCACCCUCCACCCACUCCAACACCAACACCUCCUUCCGGAGAAGUAGGUGGAUCAGAGAAUGAUGAAGAAGUUAACCGUGGUUUAGCUGAUGGGCCUGAUACUUCAUCCUUCACUGCGUUUCUCUAUUCUUUUUUGUCUUCCUCUGACCCUGGAGAUAAUGCAAACUCGCACGCCCAGAGUGAUGAUCGCAAAGGUGCUGCACCUGAUCACAACCCUUUACCAGACUCGUUGCUGAAGGAAAAUGUUGCGAGGAAAAGUUUGUUUUCCAAAAGCAAGCAAUCACUUGGAAGAGCCAUUCGCAAAAUUGGUGGAUUUCGCUAUCAUGAUCGCAGAGAUAACCUUGAAAUGAAAUUGGACGACGGGAGUGGCUCUAAGGUUUCUGGUGUUGUUGAGAUGAGGCGUAUUGAACCUGUGCAAGACUCUGUCACUGCGCCUUUGGAUGAUCUUCCUGAAAUUUCUGAACCUUCGGUUCUCCUUUCAGAUAGUAUGAGGAAUGUUCUAUAUGUUUCUCUUCCACCGCUUAUUCACGGAAGGAAAUGGUUGUUGUUGUACAGCACUUGGAGGCAUGGUAUAUCACUUUCCACUCUUUACCGGAGAAGCAUGAUUUGGCCUGGAUUGAGUUUGCUGAUUGUUGGAGAUAAAAGAGGAGCAGUAUUUGGCAGCAUUGUUGAAGCACCUCUCAGAUCAUCUAGCAAGAAGAAAUACCAGGGAACAAACAAUACAUUUGUUUUCACAAAUAUCUCUGGUCACCCUGUCAUAUAUCGCCCAACAGGAGUCAAUCGCUAUUUCACACUUUGCAACACUGACUAUUUAGCAAUUGGUGGAGGAGGUCAUUUUGCACUUUAUCUGGAUGGUGAUCUAUUGAAUGGUUCAAGUUCAGUCUCAGAAACUUAUGGGAAUCCUUGCCUUGCAAAUUCUGAAGAUUUUGAAGUGAAGGAAGUAGAGUUAUGGGGCUUUGUAUAUGCUUCAAAAUAUGAGGAAGUGCUAGCAAUGAGCAGAACAGAAGCACCUGGGAUCUGCCGAUGGUGAAUAUGGAUUACACUGACAUGACAUAAAAUACUCUACCUGGAAUCUGGUCGAAUCAAAUGGUUUGCACUUGGCAUUCAUUGAAUGGUCACUUUCCCUCUGGCCUCUAGUGUUGUGAAGUGAGCAAUGCGAAGUUCAUAUUACGAUGUAAUGGAGACAUUUUAUGUAUCAACAUAUUUUCUUACUAAGCACUAACCUAUAUGUAAAUAUUACCAAGCAUGUAUAUAUGGAGUCCCUACUUGAAAAAAUGUUUACCAAUUUUGUUCAGAA